AUGGCAAGAGGUGGUCGAGGCGGCGGUAAUCGCAACCCAGCGAACCAAUCGAGAGAUGUGCAGGUGUCAAGAAAAGUCAGUUGGUUACUGCGACAUGGUGCUGGUCAAGAGGGCUUGAAGUUGGGAAAGGGUGGGUAUGUCAAUGUGCAGGAGACGCUCAACACCAAAACCCUCAAGGGCUUAAAAGUCACAUUCCCUGAACUCCGCGACAUAGUCGCCAACAACGACAAACAGCGCUAUUCCAUGAUCCUAGCAUCCUCACUCGACCAGGACUCAUCCGACAGCGCAGCACCACCACAAGAGCAACCCACACCAGAUGCACUUGAAAGUAUACCAGAAUCCGAUAACCCAGCCGACUACCUCAUCCGCGCCAACCAAGGCCACUCCAUCAAAGUCGACUCCGAAGGCCUCCUCACACCCAUCACCCAGGAAGCUGGAAAUGUCCCCGAAACGGUCGUCCACGGCACGAACGAGAAGGCCUGGAACCUCAUCCUCAAAGGCAGCGGUAUGCGACGCAUGGGACGCAACCACAUGCACUUUGCAUCCGGCCUCCCCGCUGGCUUCAAAGCGCUCGACGACUCCACCACUGAGGAAAAAGAAGCCGCACCCGUCAUCUCAGGCAUGCGCACGAACUCUACGAUCCUCAUUUACAUCGACAUCAAUGCUGCGCUUGCUGCUGGUAUCAAGUUCUUCAUUUCAGAAAACGGGGUAAUACUUACGGAGGGUAAUGAGCAAGGCUUGCUUUCGUAUGAGUUCUUCAAGAGGGUUGAGAGUAGGAAGAAGGAUGGUGGGGUGUUGAUGAGUGGGGGAAAGUUGCCUGAGGGUGUGGUUGUGGAUGUUGAGGCGUGGGAGAAGGAGGUUGGGGAUGGACAGAGGGGGAAGAAGGGUGGACGGGGAGGUGGGAGAGGGGGAAGAGGAGGUAGAGGUGGUGGACGAGGUGGCAGUGGUGAUGGGAAGGAAAGGGCGGUAGAUGACGCGGGUGAUGCGAAUGCUGGUGCUUGA